GAAGGUAAUUAAACAUAUUUCUGUAUUUAUCAGAUGAUUACUUUCAUAUAUUUGUCUUCUGAAAUGAAAAAUUCUGCACAGCCUACAAGCACGUAUAAUUGAAUUGCAAAAGGGGGAAAUGGCAAUUCUUGACUGGAUCUAAAGGACAGAGACAACAUUAAACAAGGCAGCAAUUUAAAAGCUAUUGAAGGUUUUGGCUCUCAUAUGAUGCACGUCAGACAGGCUACACAGUGCAGGGCAGAAGAGAACAGUUUCCUCAGAACAUUAAAGCAACCUACAGCAAAACGCUGUCACGACGGCCGCUGCUUAUUACGGUCGACUCCCUUUGAAUUUGGCUCCCGCUGCAGGGAACAUGCGCAGUGUGCGACGUGCUGCCUUCAGUCAGUGGAGCAGCUGUCCAGGGUUUGGAAUUCCAACAUGGCAGAGGCUGUGGUCAGUCUUCCCCUCACUAACUUGGAAUGGUUUCAAAUCACGAGCAGCCACGCUUAACCUCAGCGAGCCAUUCAUCUGCACGCUCACCGGAUCGAUGGUACUAUAAACCCUGACGCUGCCCUGUCACCCACACAGGCUUGAAGACAUGAUCACUAGCACCAGUAUUUAUGGUCUAAAGAUGCAGUGGACCCCAGAGCACACACAAUGGGCAGAGCAACAUUUUGACAUCUCAUCAACUACCCGCUCGCCAGCACACAAAGUAGAGGCCUACCGGGGGCACUUACAACGAACAUACCAGUAUGCAUGGGCAAAUGAUGACAUCUCUGCACUGACUGCCUCCAAUCUGCUUAAGAAAUAUGCAGAGAAGUACUCUGGGAUCCUAGAGGGCCCAAAUGAAAGAGCCCUGCUGUGUUCCUACUCUGAUAGCACCACUGGACUCAUGAAUGGACGAAAGUCAGAGAAUGAGUCCUGGCAGGAGGGGAUUUACCCAAUGAACUGUGCUCCAGAUGUUAUAUCUGUGAGCAAAGCUGGAAUGACAGCUGCCCUACCCCCUACAGAUGUGUCGGCUAGCAUAGGCAGCUCCCCAGGGGUGGCCAGCAGCUUGUCUGAGCCUAGCUAUUCCAGCAGUAACUGUGGGAGCCACACAGCCACUACUCUCCACUCUGGCCUCCCCUCUCAGGAAUAUACUGCCAGCUACAACGGCUCAUACCUGCAUUCUAGCUACAGCGGCCAGAGUACCCCAGCCCUCCCCUCCCCACACCCCUCUCCUUUGCACAGUGCUGGGCUUUUACAGCCACCACCCCCACCUCCUCCCCCUACCUUAGUGCCGAGCUACACCGCUGGGUCUCCAAACCUUCCCAACUACAAUUAUCCUCCAACAGGGUAUCCUUCUCAGACUGCGGUUGGCCCUGGUUAUAGCCCUGGGGGAGCACCCCCUCCUUCUGCUUAUCUGCCGUCCGGUAUUGCAGCUCCUACUCCAAUUCCUCCCUCCACACUGCCUGGCUACACCUACCAGUCCCAUAAUCAUACACCAAUUGCACCAACACCUUUGAAUGGCAGCACAUCCAACUCAUUAAAACGAAAAGCUUUCUACAUGAGUGGACAUGGAGAUAUGGACUCUAGCUUUUGUAAUUUCAACUACAACCAACAGCGCUCCUCACAGAGCCCAAUGUACAGAAUAGCAGACAGCAGUAUCUCAGACUCAAACAGGGGCAAUGGCUUCCACAGGAAUGCCGAGGCAUCGUCUUUAGCGUUCAAGCCAACCAAACAGCCAAUGUCUGCUGAUCAACAAAGAAAAUUUAUUAUACACUCUGGCAGAGCACUAACCCCUCCAUCCUAUGGAUCAACCAAAAGCUCUGUGGGUGAUCUCAGAACGGGUGAGCCCUAUAGCAAGUUUGGAUCCCCCAUCAUGAGCGAACAAACAGAAGAGCACAGACAGCACCUCUCUCACCCCCUAACAGGGCCUGACAUUGGUACGGCUACCUCGUCCAUCCAUGCUGCAGAGGAGCAACUGAAGAACAGUGACUCCAACCUGGUGGAGAUGGUGACCACAGAAAUCCUUCAACAGGGCCCUCCAGUGGACUGGAGUGACAUUGCGGGCCUAGAUAUGGCCAAAGCAGCCAUCAAAGAGGAGAUAUUAUGGCCCAUUUUAAGGCCAGAUAUGUUUAGUGGACUUGCCACAUUACCUCGGACCCUCCUUUUAUUUGGACCUCAGGGAACUGGUAGGACUCUGCUGGCCCACUGCAUGGCCAGCCAACUGGGGGCUGCCUUCCUGCGACUCAACAGCUCGGCUCUAGUGACCAAGUGGCUAGGGGAGGGGGACAAGAUCAUCCAGGCUUCUUUCCUGGUGGCCCGGUGUCGCCAGCCAGCUGUGGUGUUCAUCAGAGAGGUGGACCUCCUGCUGUCAGCUCAGCUCAGUGAGGAGAGCCCAGUGAAUCGCCUCAAGGCUGAGCUCCUCAUGCAGCUCGACAGUAUUUUGACCUCUGCUGAGGACCAUGUCCUCGUGGUCUGCUCCACCAAUAAGCCUGAAGAGAUCCCAGAGUCCCUACGGAGGUACUUUACCAAGCGACUGCUCAUCCCCUUGCCUGAUGGGACAGCACGACACCAGAUAAUCAGCCAGCUGCUCUCACAGCACAACUACUGUCUCAGUGACAAAGAGAUGUCACUACUGGUUCAGAGGACAGAGGGCUUUUCUGGACUGGAUGUGGCCCAGCUGUGUCAAGAGGCUGUGGUUGGUCCUCUGCACGGCAUUCCUGGUACCGACCUAUCGACCAUCCAUCCCACUCAGAUGAGGCCGGUCUCCUACCAAGACUUUGACAAUGUGUUUUGCAAAUUCCAGCCCAGCAUAUCACAAAAGGAACUUGACAUGUACACAGAGUGGAAUAAAAUGUUUGGUUGUAGUCAAUGAAAAAGACCUUAACAAGUUCUUUAAGUGUUUGGCCUUCAGUGAACAAGAAAUAUAACAAACAGUGUUGACAUGAACUUACUGUGUACACAAAAGGAUUGUCAAUGAAGGCUUCAGACACAAAUUGACGGUCUGGACAUCACACAUUAGUAUAAAUUACUUAAAUGCUUUAUGUGAGUGUGCUCACUAAAACUCAAACAACUUGGAGAAGACGCCCCCUGUUUUUGUACAUACAUAUAUAAAUAUAUAUACAUACUAUUCUGCUGAUCUUGAGAUUUAGUUGCUAUCAAGUGCCUGAGGUGGUGCUGUUUAAGUUUUUUGUUUUUUCUCACAAUCUUCAUUGGUGACAUGUGCUAAUAUAUAUAAAAAAAAGCUUUAAAAUGAGACAAAAAAAACUUGCUUUCUCUUUCCCAUUAGAACUGUGCUCUACAGCUGUGUCUGUUUCGUGCUCUCUGUGAACAGUUGUGGUUAAUUUGAGCUAAAUUAAAUUUAUUGGCAUAAUUACAGUUUGGCUUCAUUACCUUACACAGGUUUUUAUGUAUUUGUCAAUCCUUUAAUUACAAUAACACUGACAUACAGUUUUUUUGCUGGAACAAUGCGAUUUGCUUUUUUAGCAAACUUAGGGUGAAUUUGGUUGCUGUACUAGCCUCUCCAUUGUAGAAAAAAUAACAAAAACAAAUAUUAUUUCACAAUGUGACUUCAAUCGAAACACAAAAUGACCAUGUUAUUGCUGUUAAAAAAUUGUUAUGGUAUGAAUUUACAGUGCUUCAUAUAAAUGUAAAAUUCUACCAUUAUUUCUUUUGAUGUUCUCUAUUUGAAAACUCAGGAAAGUGAUAAUGAUAUGUACAGUACCUCAUAAGCUUGUGUCGAAGCUCACCACAAGAGCAUCUGGCUUGCAUUUAUAAUUCCAUCAUCAAAACACAUAAGGCUAUACGAUACCUCAAAAAGCUCAAAAUGGAAGAAAAGUUUCCUGCAAUGAAUGUAUGGGAGCAAUUCUGGUUUAUUUACAAGACAAAAAAGUCAUUCAUCUGGGGUUCUUCACCUUCUUUACUUAGGCUUGUGGUGAUGCAGAGCUGAGAGAAAUUUGAAAGGUGCAGACAAACAUCUUGGGCUUGAGGAAGACAACGGCCCCGAGCUAUUUCAUUCCAUCCCGCCGCCGUUUUAUCAUUAAUGAAACCUAAGGAUUAUGUAUAGCCUUUCUUAGUUCCUUUCUACCUCAGUUUGUUAGUUAUCUCUGAAAGACAAAUUCAUGGAGACAGCAAAAUGUCCACACCUAUUCUGCCUGUUUGACGAGGAAACUUUCUGAGAGAACACCAGACAGUGUUUUGUUGUGUGGAAAAUCUGUUAGCUUUACAUUUUGAUAAAUCCCAAGAACCUUGUUUCUCACCACACAAUGCACUUAAAGGGGAAUACCACUGACUAUGGGGUUUGGGAUAUUUUAUGCCUUUGCCUUAGGACAAUUUGGUCUGUAUUAGCUAACAUUCACCAGUUGAAUCUUGUUGGCAUAGCUCGUUUGGCCCCAGAAUCCGAAUUAGAAUCCGAAUUAAAUAGAAAAUCUAAAUGUGACAACAUACAUAGUGAUGUUUGGCUUGGUCCAUUAUUUUAAAGCUGAGUUUACAAAAGAAUUGGUUGGUCAAUGACUGUAACAUUUAUGAACUGAGUGGCAUUCCUUUUUAAGAACAUGUCUUGAAGGGUAGUCUCGCUGUAUACAGAACUGUUAUUUUUACUCUGUGUUGUUAUUUUCACGACUGUUGUGUUUACAGUGCUGUUAAUCAAAACUUGCUACCAUUAAUCAGUACAUUUCCAUGCAUCGGUUUUGGCAAUGAAAGAGCCAGACUGACGGCAAGCUGAAUUGGCAAGUAAAAGUGUUAUUGAAUGUAUUAUGUCCUCUGAGCAGUAAGGAGAGCAAAGCACUCGCUCACUGAAAAAUGCCACUGAAGUAGAUAGCACUGUAGGUGUAGGCGUAUAAUACUGCAGAGGCACUAAAGGAUCUUGUGUUUGUUUUUCAGAGGAGGUCCCUUCAUGUUUGUUGCCUAUUGCACAUGUUUUACCUGGUCUUUUUUUUUAUUGGACAGUGUGCAUAUUGAUUGCUGCCACCUGGUUUAGUAUGAUUAAUCACCCAGACUUGUUUUGGGAUGUAUACAGAGCAUCCUCACAAUAAUGAGAAACUACAUAACUGCAGUGAAAGCUAACAAGCUUGCCAACAUUAAUAUCUUGUUACAUUUAUAGAUAGGCACUCCAGAUGCAAGGUGACAGCAUUUUCAUUGAAUGUGCACAAGUUACAGUAACUGAUAAAGUGUUGACCCCACACUAUUUGAUCAACCCAGAAGCCAUAUCAUUUUGUUUUCAAAUUCAAAACAUUCAGCAUGGGAUACAUUUUGUUGAACUACAUGUUACUGAGUAGAAGACUAUGUACAGUAUGCCUGUUUCUGUUGCUUCAUUGGCAUUGUUUUCUUAGAUUAUAUGAAUGUGGGUCCAAAGUACAAUUAGCUGGAUCACCUUUCACACACUGUUGCACAGCACCACCUUGACAACAAAACAUUAAAGACCGAGUCAGUGUUUUCCUUUUUUAUAAUAAGCUUUUUUUCUGACACUUACUACAUACACACAAUAAGUCCAAAGGGUCCAUCAAAUCUGUUUUCACAUGAAAACGUUCAGCAAAGUUAAAGUCCAUUUUAAAGCUUCAAUCAUUAAAAACACGCAGUCAUACAGCAAAGUGGGCCAAUGCUAAUGGAAAAUACGUUUUAAAAGUUUGUCCUACUGCUUUAACUGGAGAAGUUAUGAAGUGAGCAGAGAGCUUAAAAAUUGCACAGUUCCUCUUAAAUAUUUUGGAAUUUAAUAUUACAAUUUGAAGUGUGUAUUGGUUGAAUUGAUCCUUGAAGCCAAAGUAAAACAGCUUUUUUUUCCAUAUGGUGAUUUAUUUUAGGAAGUGGUGAAUUUUAGUGUCUUUAAUGCAAUAGUAUAAGCUGUGAAUAAUUGAAAUUGGCAAUUUGUGUAUGAGUUUUGUGAAUCAUUUGUAGUUCUUUCCCUGUCUCAGUUUAUGAUCAGUCACUCACCGCUGCCUGGAGUACAAACAGAAGCGCAAAUAUUAUAAAUAAUUUGUUCAUCUUUAAAGAAUGCAAUAUAGAUAUUAGCAGAAAAUGUCACAUACUGCACGGCUUGUUGCCACACUGGAAUAUAAUUGUGUCUGUGUCCAUGAUAGCCAAUUUUAAGAAGUAAUUUUGCUCAUUGCAAGGUUUUUGACAAGGAGGCGAUAAGAAGCCCUAAGUGCCAUUAACAAGUGCAGUGAGAGGUCGACUGUUCCUGGACUGACAGAGGAAUGUAUGUUGAAAAGGGGAAACGCUCCACUCAAAUUAAGUAGUACUUGUAAUCACUCCAACAGACAACAACAGAUCUUGUCACACACGGUGCAGCAGAGAGCAAAAGGCAAAAAGGCACAUGGAUAAGAAGUUAAAAUUGUAUGUUUUUAAUUGUCAUCCAAACUAGACAGUAAAAAGGAUUAGAGAAAGAUCUGAUAUGAGGGAAAACAAUUACAAAUUUAUUCAGAUACGGUGUAUAUGUCACAUGCUGUAGUUGUAUCAUUAAAAAUAGUCAUUCGUCGUUGAGGGUCAUGUGAUGAAAGGAACAGUAGACACAAACAACACUUACCUGUAAACCUAUGAUAAGCACAUCGAGUCUCACAGCGAUGCCAACUCAGUCACUUGAACCAUUUUGUUUUUCCAAAAUCCGUCAGUAUUUGUGUAAUUACAUUUUGUUGAGAAGUGCUUAGGAUUUUGAUUCCAUCCUUAUGUAGUUUUAUAGUCUGGCUUCUUUUAUAACCAUUUCUACCUCAUUGCUACAUAUUGUACAUGUAGUACUUAUGUCCUGUCAUUUUGAAUGUCAUGCAUUUGUGGAUAAAAUGUUGAAACAAUAACAAAAAAAAAAAAAAAAAAGAACAAAAAAUGAAAAGUCUUGCCCUUGAAUCAGAGCAGUCUACCUCAAAAAGACUGUCUUUACACUGUCAAGUAGAAGAAAAAAAGAGGCACCUUGAGGGCAAAGAUGAAGUUAGCCCGCACAUACUGUUUAUUUACAAUACCAUGUUCCCAUUGAAUUGUUGUGGGCUGUGUAGGUCUUCUACAAGGUUGCCAAUGCAAAUUUGUUUCCUGAAAAGUACAUUAACAAAUUGCUUUAAUCCUGUGUCAGUUGCUGUAGUGCACAUGUUAAUAUGUAUGUGCACUUGCAGUUCUACAAGCGCGCAUGAGGGAUAACAUUAAGAUAUGAAGACUCUGAGUUUUUACUUUUCAUAUACAUGUACAGAGAAUAAAGUUGCACAUAGCUGUACGUAUUGUACAUUUGCUAAUGAUUAUACAGCAUACAAACGAAAAAAUGCACCACAUACAAGUUUAUAUGUGUGUAUGUAUUGCCAUACUUACGGUACAGUCAGUUUAAAUGUAUUUUAAUUUCAAGGUACAUAAAGGUUACUGAAAUACUGAAUAAAGAUGUUUUCUUUUUUUUCCCCCGGAAAACUGGAUGCAUUUUGUACCUUUACUUGUUUAAAUUUGCAAUGGAGUGAUUGAUUUAAGCCUGUGCUGUUUCCGUUACAAGCAGUUUCUUGUGGAGGACAGUGUUCAGUCCUUGAUGACUUAAAUCAUGAUUUCUUUGUAUGACUGGUGUUGUGGUGUAAGUAAUUCAGUUUGCAACAGUUUACUGAGGUUGAUUUUAAGGUCUGUUUUGUUGCACUCCCUUCCCCAGUACACUUCUCAUGAUUCUAAUAAGUUAUAAAUCCAUAUCUGCUUUUUAUUAGAAAAACAGCCUUACUUUAAAUUCCUUUUUCAUGGUAUCAGUAGGUGUGUAUGUGUGGGAAGUUUCUGUACAAUUAACAUAAAACAGAAAAGUAUAGGCCUGUUGUGUCAGUGUUGGUAAUUCUCUUUUCUAUCACAUCAGUAUCAGCUGUGGGUGUAGUUUGUCAUCACAUCUAAAAUAUAUCUACUAUUUCUGAUUCUUAACACAGAAAAAAAAAACAGAUUUUGUACAUGUGUUAUGUCAUUUAUGCCAAAUCAUUUGGGAGAAACAUCCGUACUUUGCACUGAAAGCUGUAAAUAAAACGUGUUUUCAUUUUUAGAGAGCUUUUCUAAAUAAAGACUUGAGCUGUA